UUUUUGCUUCAUUUUGCACUUAGGUUGUUAAGGGUCUUGAGGCGCAAUCAAAUAUCCGCCACCAUCAUGCUGAUUUUGGUGAUACGACGGCCAAAUGCCAUCCCUCGAACAUGACCUUCAUCUCAAAUGAUCCCAGUUGGUGGUUGUAUAUCAAUUUGGAUAUUUUUGUCAGCUAUUGGGCAGUUGCCGCCGGCGUCGUGGUGGUAUAUGAUUGGGUCUUAACACUCGGACAAGAGAUUGAACUCAUCUGGAGACAACGCUGGUCUCUCAUGACUAUAUUGUAUUUAAUUAUACGCUAUAUUGGAAUACCGUAUUCUGUUGUCAAUCUUCUGCAAACUAUGCGAUCGGUAUCGCUGACAGAUGCAGUAAUGAAUGGCACAAAUGUGGCGUUGACUGCCAUGUUGGGCGUCAUCAUGAUUGCUCGGUUGUAUGCCAUGUAUCAGGGAUCUAGAAAGAUGCUCAUGUUCCUUAUUAUUAUCUUCCUGGCUGUAAACAUCGCCUGCGUAGUAAUCACGGCGAUAGGACUCAACGAUGCUGUAGCAGAGGAGCUGAUAUUCUCUGGCACAUAUAUGUGCGGUUAUGUAUCUGAAGGGAACGACCAGCUUCUUAUUUCGAUUGUUUGGAUCCUCAACACUGUUUGGGAGGUCCUCGCACUGUGCCUUUCAGUCUGGGUUGCUGUGAAACACUUCCGUGAGCUGCGACGACUCGACCCAUCGACAGGAUCGACCAUCGGGGACUGUUUCAGAGUGCUGAUACAAUCUCACGUUCUUUAUUUUGCAAGCUUUGUUAGUGUCUCUUGCCUCCAGCUUGCUGAUCUUUCUCCAGAAAUCGCGAAUUCUAAUUCUAUUGGAGUUUCGAUACUCGGUGGUACUGUUCAAAUUUUAUUGGUCGUGCAGAUGUUUGUGCUGGGACCACGCCUCAUCCUGAGCGUUCGAGAAUACAACGCCAAACUCGUGGAAGACUCUGACGCAGAAACUAGCAUGAAUUCGAUUGUUUUCCAGGAACGUGUACAUGUAUCGACUAGCAAUACUGUGUAGGGAAAUGCUUGCUGAGUGGUCUGCAGGGAGGAGAAAUUUGGUAGGAUCCGUUAUGGUAUUUAUUUAACAUAUUGUGUU